AGUCUAAUCUUUUUUUUUUUUCUUGAAUUAGUCUCCAGCUUCCACAGCAUUCUGCAGCCAUGAAGUUUUCCGUUGUAGCUGUUCUGGCUUUUGCCAUGGUAGCCCUGCACGGCAGCGAGACCGGCGCGGCGGUGGUGAAGAGGGAGGUCCCUGCUGAACUGGAAUCCCUCAGCAAGUAUUUCACAGAGCUCUCCUCUCUGCUCUCCAGCACCACCCAGGAACUGGUGCAGAAACUGCAAGCCCAGGAGCUGAACACCAAGGCCCAAGCCUACCUGGAAGACAGCCGAGCCCAGUUGAAGCCCCUGGCCGACAGCGUCCAGGCUCAGCUGAAGCCCCUGAGUGACAGUAUCCAGGCUCAGCUGAAGCCCCUGAGUGACAGUGUCCAGGCUCAGCUGAAGCCCCUGGCUGACAGCAUGCAGGUGCAAAUCCUGGAGCUCUGGAACAAAGUCCUGGACUCUGCCAAGGCUCUGCCCGCCUCCAAGUAAUAACCCCACCCCCUCCCCCACAGCCACCAUCCCCUGAGGAAGCCACUACCUCCGAGCCUGCUUUUAAUAAGAAAUUGCCUUUACCUGAAUUAACUAUGGAAUUGCUUCCAUGUUUUCUGUAAUAAAAACUUUUUUGAUUCUUUAA